UCGCGGACAAGUGGACGCGUCUGCAACGCGCGCGUCCAGGGUCCAUACUGAAGAGUGCUAGUGGACUGGAGCAUUCCGGCCCGGCAGAAGCUUGUGGCGAUGCAGGCGCGCGCGUUUCCCCCGUGCCUGCCGAGCGCCGCCGGGCGCAACGAAUUCUUCGUCCCCGGCAGCGUCGGCAAGAGGGCUCCUGCCGUCCGCGUUCGAGCCGUUGACGCACCUUCCGCCGUUGCCGAUCUCCCGCCGGCGGAAGUCACCUGGCAGAUCGUCGUCGGCGCUGUAGCUGGAGUGACGCCGUUCGUCGUUGCAGGGGUAGAGUUCAGCAAGAGAAUUAUCGCACAAAAGAAAUGUGAGAUAUGUGGAGGCUCUGGCCUUGUAAUGAAGAAGGAUCUAUAUGUUCGAUGCCAAGGGUGUGAAGUGUUGCCCUGCUUCUAUAUCAUCUCUCUCAGGUGGUUUUCUUCCAUGGCAAUCGUGGAGAAGAUUCUUCAAAGGCUGAGGAUCAUCAUGUGGGAUGCGGCACCUCGAUCAUCACUAGAACUAAAGGAUGGGAGACUGUAAGACCAAGUGGUCAAUAUUGUACUAUUCAAUUACGUUCUUACCAAACCAGCAUUAAGAAUUAAGGCGGUGCAAUCGAAAAAAGAGUUUCACACUAGCUAAA